AUGGGAACUCAUGGAAUUUUUAUUGGUCUCAUCGCUCUUUGUUGUUUUUGUCUACCUCAUCUCAUAGAAGCUAAACCAUACGGAGUGUACCAACAACAAGUGUUCGUGGAUCAGUCUGGCCAUGGAAAUUUCACGACGAUACAAAAAGCUAUUGAUUCAGUCCCAAGCAACAACCGUCACUGGUUCUUCAUCAACGUUAAAGCUGGUCUUUACAGAGAGAAGAUAAAGAUACCGUAUGAGAAACCGUACAUAGUAAUAAUAGGAGCUGGAAAGAGAUUAACGAGAGUUGAAUGGGACGACCAUGACUCGGUUGCACAAAGCCCUACCUUUGCUACUCUUGCCGAUAACACCGUCGUUAAAAGCAUCACUUUCGUCAACUCUUAUAAUUUUCCUAGCAAAGGGAAAACGAAUACAAACCCUAGAACUCCGGCGGUUGCGGCGUUGAUCGGCGGCGAUAAGUCGGCUUUUUACUCGGUAGGGUUUGCUGGAAUUCAAGAUACCUUGUGGGAUUCGGAUGGCCGACACUACUUCCACCGUUGCACCAUACAAGGUGCCGUCGAUUUCAUCUUUGGUAACGGCCAAUCUAUUUACCAGAGCUGUGUGAUACAAGUGCUAGGUGGGCUGCUACAACCGGGGCUAGCUGGUUACAUAACGGCUCAAGGACGUACCAACCCGUACGAUGCGAACGGAUUCGUGUUCAUAAACAGCCUUGUUUUUGGAACGGGCAUGGCCUUCUUGGGCAGACCGUGGCGUGGCUACUCUCGAGUGAUAUUUUACAACUCAAACCUUACCGAUGUGGUCGUUCCUGAAGGUUGGGACUCAUGGAACUUUGCGGGCCAUGAAAACCAGCUGACGUAUACGGAACAUGGAUGCUUUGGAAGUGGAUCCAAUACUGGAAGACGUGUGAAGUGGGUUAAGAAGCUGACUGGAUCCGCCGUUCAAAGUUUGGCUGAUCUCAACUUCAUUAAUCGUGGUGGAUGGGUUGAAGAUUUACCCAUCCCUGCUUGA